AUGACUGAAAUUAUUAUCAAUUAUAUCUCACCAGAACAGUUGUAUUGCCUUAUCGACUUUAAGCAAAUUGACUUUCAAGCUGUUAUCCCUGGUUUUAAUCCAGCAGGAGGUUUUUUACUUACUUCACCAGCUCAUGCACCAUCCUUAACGCCAGCCACCGCUGAACAAAACAAAUCUACUACUGAGUUUGAUAAAAUGCAAGAUAAAGAUAAAAGAAAGACUAUGGACCCACCAACUCCCUCCAAUUCACCAGUAGCAGUCAAUAAUUUAUGCACUAUCAAAUCCGAUUUAUUGAAACCAAGUGAACCACAACAUACCAAAAAUGUGCAAAUCAACAAUUUGAAUUUGGAGAACAAUGUGAAUGAUCCAACUAAACAAGUUGGAUCAAAUACAGGUUACAUAACUGAGGAUGAAAUGUACGCCUCGUUUUUGGACCAGUUUGUAGAUAGUUAUUUGCAUAAUGGUGAAGAUGAUGUGGACAUGGGUUCAUCAGUGGAGGACUUGUUUCAUAAUGGUCAAAAUAACAGCUAUCAAAAACUUGAAGGGUCACAUUGGUAUCAGCAAAGUAUCUCCACUAUAGCAACAUGCUAUAUGUAUGGUAAGUUCCGUACUAUUGGAAAAGCUGAAGGCAUUGCAAUUGCAACAUAUGCCAAGUUCAAUGGUGUGUCUGGUAAUUUUGGUUGUUUGAUAUCAAAAAGGGAGAAGAGUCUUUGCAACGAGAAAUCUGUCACGGUUGCUAAUAUUGAGCACUACAUCAGAUGCUACUACCAGCAUCAAGAAGAUAGCACCAGUUGUGUUUCAGUCAAGGAAACUGAAGUAGCUCCAGAUCCCAGUGUUGAAGAAGAAGAAGCAUAUCAGACAGAUGAUAUUAAACCUGAAGCAAAUGAAGAAGAUGUGGUAGACAGUGGUACUCCUAAAGUUGGUGACAGAGAGCAAGAGUUAGAAGAUGAAUUAAGAAACUGUUGUACUUCAAGAGUUGCUUCCAUGCAUGAAAUUGAAAUUGGUGAUAGAUACAAGCAUGAAUCAAGAGGGAGCUUACAAGUGAAUCAAGCAAUUAAUGGAGAUGGUGCGAAUGGAUCCAUUGCAGAAGAACCUGCUUCUGCUGAUGAUACAGAAGCUGAAGUUGUCAUUGAUCAUGGUGUUGAAGACUACAGAUUGCCAACAAUAGCCCAAGUUUUGAGUGAUGAUGAAGAUUCCCACAACAAACAUUCAUUACAUGAAGAGAGUGGGGAUAACGAAGAAAUAUGA